AUGAGGAGCACCUUUGCGCUCAAGGCACCCUGCGCCACCGCCCGGGCUGUUCCACGCAGCCUGGGCCGGCCCGUUAUCCCCUCCGCCAUGAGACAGCCCAGGCCCCUGAGGCAGGCAGGCCCCCCGCGCAGCGCCAUUCGGGCCUACGGGGGCGGGAAUGUCGAUGUGACGUUCACCCUGCAGAGGAAGGUGUGCUUCGGCCAGUCGGUGGUGCUGACGGGCGACGCGGAGGAGCUGGGGGGCUGGGACCUGGGGCGAGCGCCGCGCAUGGAGUGGAGCGAGGGCCACAACGGCGAGCACCACUGGACCGCCACCGUCAGCCUGCCGGCGGGCGCCACCCUGGAGUACAAGUUUGUGAUCGAGGACAAGAACCACAGCGAGCCGAUGUGGGAGUCCUGCUGGAACCGCAAGCUCACUGUGGACGCGCGCAACACCGAGCUCUACGGCUACUGGAACCAGCCGAUUGAGGAGGAGGCGUAUCAGGCUGACGCCGCCGCCGCCGCCUCCACCUACGCCGACAACGGCCUGUCCUACACCGGCUCCGCCGCCAACGGGUCCGUCAAUGGCAAGGUGAAGCUCUCUGCCGCUGCGGAGGCAGCCGUCAGCGACAUCAUCGCCCAGGCUGAGGCCACCGCCCAUGUGGCUGUCCCCGCGAUGGCGGGCGCGGCCGUCAACGGCGGCAGCCACAAGGUCAACGGCUGGGAGAGCCGGGGCCGCUCCCCCGCGCCCGUGGGCGGCGCCGGCCUGUCCCCCGAGCAGCGCGCAUUCCUGGAGCGCAAGGCAGCCGAGGCGCGGGGCGCGUCCACCAUGCCCGCCCGCCUCAACGGCGCCGCGCCGGCGGCGGUGGGCCUGUCUCCUGAGCAGCAGGAGUUCCUGGAGCGCAAGCGCCGCGAGGCCAGCGCCACGCCGCCGCCGACGCCAGCCCGGGGCCGCAGCCCCGCGCCCACCCGCGGCCGCAGCCCCGCGCCCACCCGCGGCCGCAGCCCCGCGCCCACCCGCGGCCGCAGCCCGACCCCAGUCCGUGCCAGCAGCUCCCCCGCAUCGGCCGGCCUGUCUGCCGAGCAGCGCGCCUUCCUGGAGCGCAAGCAGCGCGAGACCAGCUCCUCCCCUGCCCCCUCCCGCGGCCGCAGCCCAACCUACACUCCCGCCACCACCACUGCUGCUGGGCUCACCCCGGAGCAGCAGGCGUUCCUGGAGCGCAAGCGGCAGGUCAGCGCAUCCCCCGCGCCGGCGCCCUCUCGCGGCCGCAGCCCUGCGCCCACCCGUGGCCGCAGCGCCGCACCUGCCAGCAGCGCGGCUCCCAGGGGCCUGUCGCCCGAGCAGCAGGCAUUCCUGGAGCGCAAGAGGCAGGUCACCGCGUCCCCAGCGCCUGCCGCCGUCAGCAGCUUCAGCAGCGCGGCUCCCAGGGGCCUGUCCCCUGAGCAGCAGGCAUUCCUGGAGCGCAAGAGGCAGGUCAGCGCGUCCCCGGCGCCCACCCGCGGCCGCAGCGCGGCCCCCGCUCGCGCCAGCAGCUCCCUUGCAUCGGCCGGCCUGUCUGCCGAGCAGCGCGCCUUCCUGGAGCGCAAGCAGCGCGAGACCAGCUCCUCCCCUGCCCCCUCCCGCGGCCGCAGCACCAGCGCCAGCAGCUCGCCCGCCCCGGCCGGCUUGUCUGCUGAGCAGAUUGAGUUCAUGAGGCGCGCCGGCAAGCUCUGA